GCGCUGUUUCCAGACGGCCCACUUCUAUGUGGAAGACAGCGACUCCCCCAGGGUGGUCCCCAACGAGACAAACCCCGUCAUCCCCAUUCCAGGAGGUUCAACGGUGCAUUGCGGAUAUGAAGCUCACGUCAGAGCACUCCAACCACCCCGACAACAAGCACAAGAACAGAUAUAUCAACAUAAUAGCCUACGACCACAGCAGGGUGAAGCUGAGGCCGCUGGCUGGGAAGGACUCCAAACACUCAGACUACAUCAACGCUAACUAUGUGGAUGGUUUUAACAAGCCUAAAGCUUACAUUGCUGCCCAGGGACCCCUCAAGUCCACCUUUGAAGACUUCUGGCGGAUGGUGUUGGAGCAAAAUACCGGCGUCAUCGUCAUGAUCACCAACUUAGUGGAGAAAGGCCGGAGAAAAUGUGACCAGUACUGGCCGACAGAGAACAGUGAAGAGUACGGCAACAUGCUGGUGACUCUGAAGAGCUCUAAAGUUCACGCCUGCUAUACGGUGCGCCGCUUCACUCUUCGGAACACUAAAGUCAAAAAGGGUGGGAAGGGGAGCGGGAAAAUGCGGGCGCAGAGUGAGCGGACGGUGUUUCAGUAUCAUUACACCCAGUGGCCCGACAUGGGGGUCCCGGAGUACACCCUGCCCAUCCUCACCUUUGUCCGCAGGUCCUCCGCUGCACAGCUGCCUGACAUGGGACCCAUGCUGGUCCACUGCAGUGCUGGAGUGGGUCGGACCGGGACCUACAUGGUGCUGGACAGCAUGCUACGGCAGAUCAGAGACAAGAGCACAGUGAAUGUUCUUGGCUUCCUCAAACACAUUCGUACCCAGCGCAACUACCUAGUCCAGACUGAGGAGCAGUACGUCUUCACCCACGAUGCCUUGAUGGAAGCCAUUCUGGGGAAGGAGACUGAGGUGGCAGCGAGCCAGCUUCACAGCUACUUCCACAACAUCAGGACACCAGGGAGGAGCGGGCGCACACAUCUGGAGAGACAGUUUAAGGUGAUUUCAAACUCUCAUUCAGAAUUCGCCUUGUUAAU